UGUUUGUGUUGGCUACGUUAUUUCGCGCAUCCUCGAAUCACUGUGACCACGUGCGCGUGACAGUUGGUUAACAACCGUCACUCCCAUCUUUAGUGAUGUGUAACACUCGUUCGUAACUAGUAUCCACCCACAACUCACCAGAUCGUUAAUUCAAUUCCUAACAGUUUUACUCAAUCUACAAAUAAUACUUUGCUUAAAAAUCUGUGACGGCAAGAUGCUGGCAUUCUGUUCGGAAAAUCGAGAUGAAUUAGAAUAGUGUCGUGUCGAGAAAAUACAGUGUGUUGUUGAGGAAUUACAACAUCAAUGAUCGAGAAUGGACUGGAUCGAAAGCUCAUCGAGAUAUCGAGCUGUGAUGUUAUCGGCUUACUUCGCGUAAAUAUUAUGAAACUCAGCACGUACUCGCUUCCCCGAUUAUUGAGUUCCGUGUCUCGAGAGAACUUGGGAAUGGUUCGCGUUGGAGGAAGGGGAAAAAUCGAAGUCGCAUCGACUCGACCUUGAGGCUCGAGUCGAGAAAAAAGUGCAAGCGAGCAACAAUAUCAGGAGGAAUGCUCGACACUCGAGGAAGAUUGGAAAAAGUAACGGCAUUUGGCAAAUGGAAGAGUUGGCGGUGGAUUUCGGAUCGAGAGGGAAUGAUUGGGAAAGGGUGGAAGGGAGAGUAGAGAUUCUGGGCACGCGCAGUCCACCUGCUGGUCUGUAGUGGCACGCGCCGACCACCUCCCCUCCCUGGUUGGUUGGCGUACUCGCUACUGGACCCCCACCCCCUCCCCUCACGCGUGCCACACGACAGCCGCAAGUCUGGACGCGCGGGAGUCAAUUGCCCGCGGACUCGGACAGGGCGAGUAACUGCAACUAAAAUUCAUUUUUCUCGCUCUUUCUCUCUACCUACUCCAAUCCAGCCCUCACCCUCCACUAUGUCGACCUUUAACUAAUAAUUGUCUAUUAUUUUUUCUUUUUUAUCUCGAUAUGGGGAGGGGGGCGGCUUACUAACGAGCAGUGUAUUUUUCAUGUUCAGGUGCAGGACCUCAAUGCAAAUUGCAAGCCAGGACUCAUAAAAGUCAGCGAUGAGGAGUGACUAAAUAUACGGAGCUUCCACACGACAGAAAUAGUUGAAGCCAGCCAAGAAAUCGCGCGCAAUUAUUAUUAGUACAUCGCGUGUCUCUUGGAUAGAGACUUACUGAGUUGAAGCCUUCGGUCAAAGAAUAUUUUUUAAUAUUGUUACUCUAGUUGAAAGAAAUUCUCUGAAAAUGAGUCCAAGGGUAGAGAAAUGGAGGAAAUGGGACCGAAGGAAGAUCACCUGUUGAUCUGCGGACUGAAAUCUAGAUCGCAGAGUGGCCCACGUGACUCCGGGGACUGGAGGAUUUUUUGGAGGGGAUAAAGAUUCAAGAUGGACUUCAGGCGGGCGCGGGAUAAGGCCCCGCGCUAUGGUGACAUUGCUGACUUGCUAUUGUAUCGGGUACUAAGAAAGUGAUUUUUAUCACUGUAAAUUUGUCGCAAAGGUUGAUUGGAUCGGAGAGAGAGUGCUGAUUGUUUGAAAUUUUGGAAGUGAGUUUGUGAUAGUGAGGAAUUUAACAGUGAUUUGUGAAAUAAUCGAAAGAGAGGAAGUGUUAAAACCGAGUGUUUUGGAAAGAAAAGAGUGAAAGGGAGAUGGUGGGGCUGAGGUCAGGGCUUGCGGCCCGAAAAUCAUCACUGUAGGAAAAAAUUAUUGUCCACCCUGUCGAGGCAACUUUUCGUCGCCUGGAAUGAUGCAGCAAAAAUUCCUGAAGAGGGCGACCGAGGAUUUGGAGCCAUCAGGGGGUGGUAGUAGCGAUGGAGCAUUUGGUGAGCCUCCAGUUAAGUUGCAGUGCACGCAGACGCAGCACCAGCAUCAACAGACUCAGGGAGGCGGCGGCGGGCCACAUCUGGGCCAUGGGCAGCAUCAGCCCGGAAAUGGCGCGAACGCUACUGGGCAAUCAACCGGCGGAGGUGGAGGAGGCGGAGUUUCUUCUGGCAAUGAGCAAAUGACUAAGUUCUCGGUGGAGAUAGUCCAACAACUAGAAUUUACUACUUCAGCGGCAAAUUCGCAAGCGCAACAGAUUUCGACAAACGUGACAGUAAAGGCUUUAACGAAUGCAUCGGUGAAAAGUGAUCUGGUGAAUUCAUCCUCGUCGCCAAAGCCCGGACCCGACACGCAAUCAUCCAAUGCCCCAAGGCCACAAAAUUCUUCUGGAGGUGGUGGUGGCGGUAUAGGCUGUGUAGACAUCGGUAACUUGGUGGAGUGCAAGCAAGAACCGGACAAUGAGUUCGUUGAUCUGGAGCAAUGUGCUGCUGCUUUAGAAAAAGACGCUGCUGCUAAUGGAGCUGCCUUCCCCGGCUUCUCAGACUUUAUUGGCGACGACACCGGAGACGAGAUCAUCACGUCAGACGCGUUUAAGGACCUCAUUUCCGAGAUUUCUGAUUUUCAUCCAGAGUUCAUGAAGGAUUUUGACUUUGAAGACAAGACCGUAGAUACCCUAACGAACAGCGUUAUUAGUAACAUAUCGAAUAACGGCCAGAUCAAGAUUGAAGAUGACAAGGAUUCGAUGCACCAGCACCCGAGCAACGGAAACGCAAACAACGGGUCCGGCGUAGUGUCUAACUCUAGUCCGGGGAACCGUGGGUCUUCGCAAUACUCGCCAGUAAGGUUAUCCUACUCAGGACUGGACUUUAAAUCGCCCGAGAUGAGUCCUGCAGCCCAAACACUGAAGCAGAUGGCAGAACAACAUCAGCACAAAAGUCAGCAGUUAGGUCUCGGAGGAUUUAAUCCCAACUCGGUUGGGGCUAGAGGUCCAACGGCAAGGUCGCCCUACGCGGAAUUCCCACAGUUCGGAGGUACCACAGACUACCUUGGAAGUCCCGGAAGCAACGGACCUCCAGGCUCCCAGAACCAAAAUGCACCAAACAGUGGGAAUUAUCACAAGAACAACGGUGCACAAGGAUUUCAGGGCCAGCAAACAUCUGACAUGUUUGGCAGCCAAACACAGUUUACAGGUCUGGGGGAUAUGAAAAGGCCGAAUCCUGGUGGAGGAAAACCGAGUAUGCUUGGACCUACAGGGGCGUACAAGCAACAGUAUUCGCCCUACGGAAGCCCAGGUUCCAUGCCCAAUCACGGCAGUCCAGGGUACCCUCUGCCACCGAGAGCGGGCCAAGGUGCUGGACCCAACCAACCUGGGGCCCAAGGAACCUUCACCAGCUCCACGCCACCUAGACCACCUUCUGGUUCCGGAACUGCCACGCUUCAGAUCAAUCAAGCCCAGCAGUUACACAUCAGUAAUCCGGGACAUCAGAUUCAGGUUUCAGCAGGGCAGCAUAUGCAACUAACUGGAGACCUAAAACCUGGAGUGUCUGUGGCUGCGCAGCAAGGCAUUUACUUCAAUCAGCAGCAAGCGCAGAACCAGGGUGGUCCAGGCGGACAGGCAGACUCAUAUUGCUCAGUAUCACAGUCGCAGACCAUCAACUUUACCCAGCAAAGUCUGAGACAGAGGGCUGCUGCAGCUCAAGCAGCUGCGGCUGCUGCUGGCGGCGUUCCGCAGUCGGGAGCUUCAGGGCAACGGAGUCAUUCUCAAACAAUGCCUCAGAGCCAGGUGGUGGAUCAGCAUCAGCACGCAAAGCUUCUUCAACAACAGCAAAUGAUGCGCGCGCAACAGGUGAUGCAACAGCAGCAGCACAUGUCAGGAAACAUGGGGGGUGUGAGGCCACCACCUCCUGAGUACAAAGCAGCUGCCCAGGCGCAAAUGAUGCAUGCUGGGAUUGGGAUGGGUCAACAGGCCAGAUUUCCUAACGCAGGCACAAUGCGUAGAGCCACGCAGCAACCUAUGCCACCUUCGGGUCCGAUGAUGAGGCCCCAAAUGGCACAGCAGCAGCAGCAAACUUUGCACGCAGCAGGUGGUAAUAUGUACAUGGGCGGUGGCGGAAUGGCCGCGAUAGGUGGGAUGCAUCAGAUGCACCAAAGGCUGGGUUACCCGAGGACGAACAACCAGCGGCCGCCGAACGUCAGCGUCGGACCCUCAGAUACAUUGGGGAAUAGUAUUGCUGGUCGUGGUGCUCAGCAAGAGUGGCGGCAUCUUCUUAUGCAGCAGCAAAGCUUCCAGCCUCAGAUGAGACCGCAGUUCAAUCAACAGGGACACCAAAGUGGUUUCGGAAUGGGAAACGCGGGUGGCCUGCAGAUGAGUGCAGCUCAAAUGCAGCAUCAGCAGCAGCUCCUUCGAUCUCAAAGUGGCAACAUGGGAGGUACUGGAAUGGCCAACAGUUCUCAAAUGCAACAGUUGUUGUCGCAACAACAUCAACAGCAGACCCUUGUUAUGCAACAGAACAACAACCAGAUGUCUAUGCAGAUGCAAAUGUCGCAGUCGAGUUCUGUAAAUAGUACGGGAACUGGUUCUCCCAUGCAUCCACAUCAGCAAUACGGCGGUGGAAGUCCAAGUGUGCGAAGCCUGGCUCAGCAGCAUUCUCAGCCUCCACAACCCGAUCCGUCGAUAGGAACCGCGGAUUUCAACUUCGACCUGCUCGACAACUUGCCUACCGGGGAUGCAUCAAACUUCAGCGCCCAAGAACUCCUUAACUCGCUCGACCAAACGGCAGGAUUCAACCUCGACAUUUUGUAAAACCAUCCGUAGAGCCUCUUGAUCCUGCGGCGAAUCUUUAUUGUCACGGGUCUUUUUAGUGAGUAUUCUGGAUAGCGAAAUUUGCUGAAUCGAACAUUCAGCAAAGUCAGCAUUGUCACUUGCUUGCGUUCUAGCAGCAAACCACAAUCUUUACAGAUUGAUAAACCUGUUAUGUGAUGAAUGUGGUACUGUCGAGAGAAUAAAAAAUGUAUGUCGCCAGAGGCAUUCGAUUGCGGAGUGUUUCUGCUUAGGUAAUCGCAUUUUAGUAAAAUUUAUCUUGCCGCGAUGUUCCGCGUUAGAAAAUUGUGCGUAAUCACGAAUGGACCCUUGUAAAAGGCGAGGAAUCUAUUUUCGUCUCGCACGGGGCGAUAUAAAGUUGGCCGAACCCAAGAGGGAUCCUGCGUCUAGUUGACGAUCAAUCUCAUUGAUUUAGUUUGUGACGAUUGCUAUUCCAUAUUAUAUUAUGGAUCCUGUAUCAUUUUCACGUAAAUUACAAUAUUAGAUGUUUUCCUGAUUGAUGGUAUUUUGAAGCUAUGAUAUUAAGUUGGCGAUAAUAUUUCAAGCAUUUCAGACACGGUUUCAAUUAGUUAAAAGCAUUCCUUCAAUAUUUUAUAAAUUUGUUUUAGUGUCUUAUUUUUUUCUUAGAUUAUAUCCUUCUAACAUCUGCUUUAAAUAUUAAAUAUUUUCGAAAAAGUAAAAACACUCAAGUAAAUUUUUCUCAGAUGUCAAAUACGUUUAGUUACAUAGUUUAUUUUGUAAUUGAAAGUAAUUGUAAUUUUUAUUUCACGUUCGUACACUAAAGGAUAGAUGCUCAUUGGUCUUUUACGAUUAUUAUCUUUAAGAAGAUAUGCUGCGCUUCAUACUUAUAUUUAUUAUUUAAAUAUUAUGUUCUAGGCUUAAAAAUAUGAAAGUAUUACAUUUUAUUAAUGAAAUGGGCAUUUUAUAUAAAAGUUUCAUUUUCUUUUCAAGCCUGUCAAGCAUUAAAAUUAAACAGCUUUCAAUUGAAAGCGAUACAGUUUGAAUAAUUACGUAUUUGAAAAUUUAAAUUGUUCGCUAUCAAUGUAUUCAAUUUACAUUGGAAGCGUUUGAGAUUAUACAAUUUUAAUUUGAAAAGUUCGAAAUAGAAUAAUUUCAAGUCUUAUCAUUCAUAGUUAGAUGUGUUCAAAUAUAAAUUUGUGAAAUUUAUAGUUUCACAAUUAUAAAUAUUCAAUAUUGAGCAAGAAUGGGUAAAAUGUAAAUCCUUUAUUCCGAAUCAAACGAUUUAAAGUUUAAACUGGACCAUUUUCAAAUCAAAGGAAGUUUAUUUCGGAAAAGCAUCAUCUUAACAAAUGGGAUUCUUCUAUUAAUUUUUGGAAAAUAGAAUUUGACAGAGAGUUUUUUAUGCUAAAAGUGCUUAAGAAAAUAUCAUUCAAAUUGAUCUUUUGUAUGAUUUCCAUAUUUUUCAUUUCCUCUUUCAAAUAUUUCAAUUUAUUUGAUAAAAUACACUUUCGGCAUGAAAAGUUAAAAAUAUUUUAUAUGUUAAGCGACGUCACUUGAAUAGAUUUGAAAUGUAUGUAUACCUUUACCAUUCAAAUUUACACUAAGUAAAUUAUGAGCCACUGAAGAGUGUCUAAGAUUUGGUAAAGCUUAAGAAAACGUCUUGUAAUAUAAAUUUUUGAUGCCAAUUACUAUGUUUGGACCCUCGAUGUGACGACGUGGCCUCGGAGGUUC